AUGAAACGGCUGAGGUUUACAAAGGUUGCAGCCCUGUGGAUUCUUCUAGUAACUUCAUGUGGAGUCCUUACCGUUUUGCAUUUGUUUAAUAUGUCGUGCCAGACAGGUACAGGAACGAAGUUUUGUAUCCCACAGUAUUCUCUGAGAUUCAAGGAAAUCGAUUCUAAGGAAGAGAUUGGUAUUUUGCAGGUGAUUAAGGACCUGAUGAGAUUAUUAUCUUACGUUGCCAUCGACUUCAAUUUUGAGAAAACAACAGGCACAGGGAAAGAAUACGAGGAUAUCAAUCUGGCCAAUACGUUUCACGAUCGCAACACCUUCGAGCUGAAUUAUUUUGGUUUUUGCAAGUCUCAAACCAUGGUGACGAAGCUACCGAAAUACUGCGUAACCAAUCGUAAUGGCUUCAAUCCUAUCACGACGCUUGCGAUGGAUUUGGGUAUUCAGUUUGGGUUUCUCUCUUCGCGAAAUCCAGUUCUCAUGGGUAAGUCGUUUGUUUUAGCGUACAAGUCCGCCAUCGAGAGCCUUGAGGCUUCUUUCCAUAACAAGACUGCUGCAACUGACAGUCUCUUAGAUGGGUUUAUUGACACCCUUGGCGAUAAAGGUGGCACUGCCUUACAAAGCAAAACUAUACAAUCCACUGUCAGCUGGCUCUCGUUGAGUGGGAAGUACUGUCAUGUGUUGAAUACGUUCAUUACUUUGGAACUCAUUGUUAGUUCAGCGGUGAUAGUGUUUGCACCAAUGCACUUGACAAAAUUCCACAACUCCGAAACACAACCCGCAUUUAGUUCCGGUGGGAUCAUUACCAGAGUUUCCCUGGUAUUUCUUCCAAUAUUACUUUUAACGUUUGGGAUCAUUACUGUCGUUUUGUCGUUGAUUUGGUUCUUCAUUUUGAAUCGUCUCAGUGAUUGCUUCACUUCCAAUGGACAAAUUUACAGCGUCAGACCCGAAUGUGGAUUUUACUUAGCGUUUCUUAGGUUAACGAUCGAAACCAUUAUCGUAUGGAAUAUUUCGAGCCUUGGUAAAUACGGUUCCAAGGACUCGGAAAAGCAUAAGAGUGACGAAGUUAACGACGAAAAUACAAUCAAGCUCGAAAUACCCACCUACGAUACCGUUUAA